CUUAUGGUAAAAUCGUAUUUUUAUGAGAUGGAUUUCAUAGUAAUAACGUUCUUUUAAGUUCUUUUGAUUACAAAAGAUUUAUAAUUUAAAUUCAAUAAGCAUCAAAAAUAAAUCAGUAAUGAGAAAAACAAGAGAUAUUUUUUUUUUUUUUGUUGAUCAAACAAACAAGAGAUAUUUUUUUAUGGAAAUAGAAAGUAGUUUAUAUUUGUUGACAAAAAAAGUUUUCUUCUAAAAGUAGUUUCUAUUACACAAGCGGCUUUUGUGUGUUCUAGGGUUCUAAACAUGGCCGCCAUGGAACCGUCACCAACACGUGACCUAGCUCACGACCAAAACUCUCCAAAAAACAUUCCAUUUGACCUAACUUUUGAGAUACUCUCGAGACUUCCUGCCAAAUCCAUCAUCAGGUUCCAAUCUGUAUCCAAGCUUUGGUCCUCUAUCAUCCGCAGCAAAGAUCUCGCAGACUCGUUCCUGAUUCACUCAAAGACUCGACCACGUCUACUUUUCACCUUCAAGCACUUCGAUUCCAGGCAACGUUUCAUCUUCUCUGCUCCAGAACACGACACCGAAGAAAACUCAUCCACAGCCAGACACGACAUGACAAUCUCGGACCUCGUCAGCUACUACAUCAAAUCUCGCCCUGUGAACGGUCUGAUAUGUUGCACGCGUGGUUCAUCGAUAGCAGUUUGUAAUCCCACCACCAGACAAAUCUUGAAACUGCCAGAUGUUACACUCAACGGAAGAGACAUGUACGCACGUCUCGGUUACGAUCCUGUCCAAGACCAGUACAAAGUCUUGUGUGUGAUGAUGCAUGACGGGUUUGACAGCCGCACAAAAGACAAUAUAGAGCAGGAGCAUUUCGUUUUCACAUUGGGAUGUCAACAACAAGAGUGGAGAAAGAUUGAGUUCAUCGACGUCGGAGAUCCUUACACGGAUGUCAAAGGAGGGGUUUGCAUCAGUGGUGGUAUAUAUUAUGUAAUUGGACAUAAAAAGAUAGCUAGGUUCGAUGUUAGAUCCGAGAAGGUGGAGCUUAUUAACGCACCACAAGAAGAUAUGUUAAACGAAGAGGAUAUCAAAAAAGUAAUCGUUUACCAUAGCUCAGACGAUAUCUCAACAAUAAACGCUCACUGUUGGACUCUUGUAAACCACCAAGGUAAGUUAGGAGGAACUGAUUAUCAGGAAUUCCAUCUUAUGCGUUUGUGGAUUCAAGAAGAGGAAGAUGAAUCAUGGAACAUCAUGACUUGCGAUGUGCCUACUGACUGGGGAGAUUUGUUUAGAGACAAAGGACUGUCUUCUCCGGGAGAGAUUCAUACAGGAGAAGUUAUGUUGGUGUCUGAUACGUUGGAGUCGUCUAAGCCUUUCACUGUUUACUAUUACGACAUGAUCAGAGAGAGUUUCAGAAGUGCAACAGUGGAAGGUAUCGCGGAUAGUGAGUUUAGACGUGGUAUCCACGGUUUUGGUAAGCGUAAUCGUGAUAUGUUGUGUUUUCCAGGUCACAUUGAGAAUAUCAUGUUCUUCUAACUCUAGUACUCUUGGUUGUUCAUGAGCUAGCUUCUCAUUUCUUUUAUUGGUCAUUUGCUUCUAGUUUCAAGGUUGGUCCUAAGAUUUUGAGGCCAUAAA